CCAAUGGAUGGAGCAAAUCACUCAGUGGUGUUGGAGUUUGUAUUCCUGGGACUCACCAACUCCUGGGGUAUCCAAUUACUCCUCUUUGUGUUCUCUUCCAUGCUUUUUACAGCAAGCAUGAUGGGAAACUCCCUCAUUGUGUUCACAGUGGCUUCUGAGCCAUAUUUACACUCUCCCAUGUACUUUCUGUUGGCUAACCUGUCCUUCAUUGACCUAGGUCUGUCUUCUGUCAUUUCCCCCAAAAUGAUUUAUGACCUUUUCAGGAAGCACAAAGUCAUCUCCUUUAGAGGCUGCAUCACCCAGAUCUUCUUCAUCCAUCUCAUUGGUGGUGUAGAGUUGGUGCUCCUUAUAGCCAUGGCCUUUGACAGAUAUGUGGCCAUAUGUAAGCCUCUGCACUACCUGACCAUCAUGAGCCCACGGAUGUGCAUCUUCUUUUUAGUGGCUGCCUGGGUGGUUGGCCUUAUUCAUUCAGUGGUUCAAUUGGCUUUUGUAGUAAAGUUGCCCUUCUGUGGCCCUAACAUGUUGAACAGCUUUUACUGUGACCUUCCUCGGUUCAUCAGACUUGCCUGCACAGACACCUACAGACUGGAACUCAUGGUCACAGCCAACAGUGGUUUCUUCUCUGUGGGCUCCUUCUUCAUACUGAUCAUUUCCUAUAUUGUCAUCAUUCUCACUGUUCAGAAACACUCUUCUGCUGGUUCCUCCAAGGCUCUGUCCACACUGUCAGCUCACAUCACUGUGGUAGUCUUGUUCUUUGGUCCUUUAAUAUUAAUCUAUGCUCAGCCAUCUUCCUCCACACACCUGGAUAAGUUCCUGGCUAUAUUUGAUGCACUUGUCACACCUUUUCUGAAUCCUGUCAUCUACACACUAAGGAAUCAAGAAAUGAAGGUGGCAAUGAGGAAAGUAUGUAGACAGCUAGUGAGUUACAGGAAGAUUUCUUAA